AUGAAGCGAUUUUUUGACAAGCUAUACCACACCACUGGCUUUAUCGUGGACCCAAGUCAGCGCAGCGUCGCUAGCCACGUAAGCUCUCUGUUGUUGCAGGGCUCCAUAGCCUUUUCUUUAUUAGGAACGAUUGGCGUAGACACCUCACCGCUAGUUGCAGCUGCAGGGGUGAUUGGUGCUACUGCUGGAUUUGCCUGUAAAGAUUUUGGUGCUAACUUUAUAGCGAGUAUUGUUCUGAGCAGUCAACCUUCUUUACGUACUGGGAACAGAAUUUCAAUAGGAACCGGUGCUGGCGCUGUCAAGGGGGAGGUGGUCGACUGGGACACUCGGUACCUAUAUCUUCGCACUUCGGAGGGUCACCUCUUGCAUGUGCCCAAUAGUAUGAUUCUCACUUCAAUCGUAACGUGGGAGAGUAGUGAGAGUAAGCAGAGGUUGGGGGGGAAUGAACCACAAGGUUAUUCGCCCACACCGCCCCACACAGUGCCAUGUAAUGAUUCUGCUUCUGGAACGAAGUAA